UUUGUGCCGACGAACGCCUGGUAAUAAUUGCUCUGCUCGUGUUCACCAAGAAUCGUUUCAGAGAAGCUAAAAUUUUUAACUGCUUAUCGCAAAAUUAAGAAAGAUGUCACUAGAAGACGUCUUUGGGAGCGACUUAGAUGAUAGUGAAGAUGAAGACAGAGCAAAAUCGGCCCGGGAAACAGACGAGAAAGCUCGAAUGAACGAGUUGUUUGGCGACUCGCCGAGUGAAGGGGAAGAUGAGGACAAAGAACUUAAAGACAGCGAGAGUCGAGGUAGAAGCGACGAGGAUAGCGGCGAUGAAAAGGAAAGCGGUAAAAAUGAAGGUUCCUACAAGGGCCAAGGCGAUAGUGAGAAUGACCAGGAUAUGGACCAGGAUUCGACGUCUUCGAAGCAGAAAGUAUCACACGCUGACUUGUUUGGAGAAGAUGAAGAGUUAUCUUCUGAUGAGGAGAAGGAGGAUAAUGCACGCGAAGUUGAAUCUAAAGAGGAAACACAAGCAAGGGUUCCCAGAGAAGAGGGGGAAGAGGAGGAGGAAGAGGAGGAGACCAGAAUAGAUGUUACAAUACCUUAUUGCAGAGUGGCUUUAGGAUCUGAAUUGUAUUUCUCUAAACUUCCUAAUUUUCUUAGUCUUGAAACUAAGCCAUUUGACCCAGCAUUGUAUGAAGAUGAUGUUGAGGAUGAUGAAAUUCUAGAUGAAGAAGGAAGGGCAAGGUUAAAACUUAAGGUUGAGAACACUAUUCGUUGGAGAUAUGGCAAAUAUUCUGAUGAUAAUGAAAUCAAAGAGAGCAAUGCCAGAAUUGUGCGGUGGUCUGAUGGCUCUCUUUCCUUGCUUGUUGGAGCAGAAGUGUUUGAUAUUCAAAAGACCAGAAUUGAAGGGGAUUUUAACCACCUGUUUGUUCAACAGGGAACUGGUCUACAGGGGCAAGCUGUCUUUAAGGAGAAGUUAACCUUCAGGCCUCAUUCCACCGCAAGCCAGACCCACCGUAAGAUGACCUUGUCUAUUGCAGAUCGUGCAUUAAAAGCACAAAAGAUAAAGAUGCUCCCUGCAGCAGGACAGGACCCAGAGGCUCAACGAAGUGAAAUGAUUAAGAAAGAGGAAGAAAGACUACGAUCUCAGCUACGGCUUGAAAACCAGCAGAGGCGAAUGCGUGAGAGGAGUCAAGCAAGAGGUCUCAAUUCAAGCUAUCUAGAGGCAGGGGAAGAUGAUGACGAGGACCUGGAACAGAGUCUGCUAAAGAUAAAAAAGAAGUACAAAGAAGAACUUGCAAAAGGAGCCUAUUCCUCAGAGGAAGACGAUGGCGAGGAGGAAGGCUUGGGAGAUCUUGAAAGUGACAAUGAAGGAGAGGAACGCCUUAUGAAUGCUAAGGAGGGAAAGGAUUCAGAAGAAGAGUCUAUUGAAGAACCAAGUCGUAAACGCCUUCUAAGUGAAGGAAAUACACGGAAGGAAAAGAAGAAGACGAAAAAGAUUAUAGAAAGUAGUGAUAAUGAGAGUGACUGAGAUGUAAAUGUCCCCCAUGCGUUGUUAAGUUUUAUGUAUAUAUGCAAUUUAUUUUUUAUACUUGCAUUAUUGCAGAAAGAUAGGAAGAAAGAAAGAGGCAGGAAUGUCUAUUUGACACCCAACAAAAUACUCCAAUCCCAUUCUAAAAUUCUUCUUGCUUUAGUGGCUUCAGGGUAGUUUUACUAGUUUUUAAUCACACAGGCACCUUGUGCUCUUCUUUUGUGUUUGAUGGAAGCCAUUUGCUGUCACAAUGCCUUUUAGACCACCAACCAAUAAGAGAGCGCAGAAAGGCACCAUCAAAACUUCAGACAAUCUUAUGUGACUGAAAACAAGUAUAUGAGCAGUUAUGGGUCUGACUUGUGCACAUUCCAUGUGCCAUGCUAAGGGUUAAAAUGCUACGCUCUUUUAAGAUCUCAAGUGAUUUAAUAAGAAUUUGUGGUAUUUGUCAGAUCUCCCAAUCCCACUUUUUGGGAGAAAUUAGAAGAAAAGUACAGGAGAUCAAAAAUAUAAAUUGAUGUCCGAACAUUAAAUGUUUAAUAAAAUAGUGCCUUUGGGAAACUCUGGAUUUUCCCUUGUAGUUCUUUCAGGUUGCCUCUGAAUGAAUAGUAGGGCUGUUAUAUUUAAAGUCUCUGUAAACAUGGCAUAGAAGCUUGUGUUGUAAAAUGCCUCUCCAAGUGUAAACUUUUGUACAAACACUUAGUUACCAAUAAAGUGCAAUAAUAUAUA